AUGGGUGUCGCAAGUAAAAGGACCGUCACAAAGACGAGAAGAAAGACAAGGGACAUCGAUCAAAUAAAAGCUGACCUGGCCUCUGCAAAGCAUCUCGGCCGGUUUAAGGAUGCCAAGCCAACGGAAGACCUCCCCGACCUCGGUCUAAACUAUUGUAUAGAGUGCGCCAAAUGGUUUGAUACGAAAGCUGCCCUGUUGGCACACACCCGCGCAAAACCCCACAAGCGACGUUUGAAGCAAUUACGGGAAGAAUCCGAAACUGCAAGACUCCCAGGAGGCAGAUAUAUUCCUCCCCAACGAAAUGUGAUAGAAGAACCGCCCACCGAUCCAAAUGUCGGCGAGGAUGUAAAGAUGGUUGCAUAA